AUGUCUGCUUUCCAGAAGCCCGCAGCCGGCGCCAUACUAGAGUACGGUUCCACCCGAUCUUUGCAUGAUGCUGCCUCCUACUCGGCCUACGGUCAAUCACCAUAUGUGACCACCCCGAUGGUCCCGUCCCCCAUGGCCGAUCAGGCAAGUCAGAUCUCGGACUGUGUUCCAUACCUGCCCAACAAUGAGUAUGCUAGUUCGUACGAAGAGUCUCAAUCGCCUAUGAUGGGCGCACGCCACCGUCAGCUGCCCGAGAUUGUGACUUACAGCCCUCAACGUGGCCGCGAAGGAACUCGGGUCAUGGUCCAGAUUCAAUCCCCCUAUGACCUCCACAGCUCCACCAUCGCAGCCUUGUACUUGGUUUUCGGUUCCAAGAAGUGUGAAUCUCUCCCAACUUUCCUCGGCUUCCAGGGUUCCGCCUUCUCGUACGCUCUCGCUGCUGAUGCACCUGCAUUCUUGUCUACCGGUUCCCCAUCAUUUGCUGUGCCGCUGUCCGUCUCAAUGGAUACUCAAGAUGACUGCCCCGCAAUCACCCUCCAGGUCGGAGUCUACACCUAUGAGCAGGUCCCUCACCCCUCUCCACCAGGCGACAACCGCAAGAGGAAGUUGGCUUCGUAUCCCGAUCAGGUUGCACCCUCUGCCAAGCGUCACACCAGUCAGGUUAUUCCCAAGGUCGAGCACGAGGGCUACCACAGCCGCAGUGUUUCUGGGUCUUACUCGCCUUACUUGCAGCCUCUUCCAGCUAUGACCGGUUUCGUCCCAUCUUACCAGAAUGCCCCCUCCCCUCAGACCGGCCCUCCUCACUACUCCUCCGUCACCCCGCAGCCUGCUCUUCGUGUUCCUUCCCCUAUUACCCCGGCCUGGAGUCCCUCAUACGUUGCUGUGAACCAUGAUGCUCGAAACACAAACCUCGCCAUGUCACAUGGGCUUCCUCAGCACAAGGUUGCCCAGCGUGAUAGCACGCACCCAACCCUGAUCCGCACCUCCACCAUUCAGUCAAAUGGCAUGCCCCACAACCCAUCCUUCAACCCUUAUGCCAUGUACCCUUCCAAGGCCGUCCUCAAAUUGAAUGGCGAUCUCGACUCCAUGGCGCAAGGCUGGUCGAAGGAUGAGCGUGCCUCGCAACGCCGUCUGGUCCAGUUCACCCGUUCUCAGACUGGCAGCACUAUUCAGGCCGACUUCAAGGCUGUUACCCCCGAGGACCGCGCCCCCAGCAGCAUUUGUAUCAGCUGUAUCUCCUGGGAAGGGAAAAAUGAGUGCUACGUUACCAGUGUCGACACCAUCUAUCUGCUCGAAUCUCUUGUGGCUGUUCGGUUCACUGUCGAGGAGAAAAACCGUAUUCGUCGCAACCUGGAGGGCUUCCGCCCCCUGACUGUCUCGAAGGCCAAGGCUGACAGUGAAGAGUUCUUCAAAGUCAUCAUGGGCUUCCCUGCGCCUAAGCCCCGUAACAUCGAAAAGGAUGUUAAGGUUUUCCCCUGGAAAGUGCUCGCUCACGCGCUGAAAAAGAUCAUUGGAAAAUACUCCGCCAGCUACUCCUCCACCGCUGGUGCCCUCCCAACACCAAUGACCACCCACUAUGCCAGCCAUGCCAGCCACGGUACAGGAUCCGAUUCAGGCACCGAGGUUCACACAGCCAACUCCCCGCAGUCAAUUUCCGACACCGGGAACUACACUAGCAUGCCUGUGCAAACCUAUCAACAACCCGACCAAUCGGUUUCACACUCCUCGGCUUCAGACAUGCGCUCAAUGAUCCCAGUCACCCAGCCUUACACCUCCGUUGGCGGCUACUCAUAUCCAGCGAUCUGUCACCCACAGCAGGCACAAGGUCUCCCAGCGCCAGCUCGUCCCUGGGAAAUGCAAUCAGUGGGCCCUGCACCCCCAACCGCCCAAACCAAUGGAGCCUGCUACACUUAUAUGGAUCCCGUGUACUCGAUGCAUGAUACGCAUUAA